CCCUAUCGGUGGGCGGCGGCUUUGGGGUCGUUCUAUUAUCAGCUGCAGCCGCAGCUGAGCUCCGGCUGCGGCAUCGGCGGCGGCGUUGUCAUUGGACACGGUCGACUGUGGUGAAUAUUAUUAUACAGGAUAGUGAUAAGACGUCGCGCGCACGUCGGCAGUCGGUCCGCGGUUGUCCAUCAGUUCGCGUCGCCGUCGUUCCUCGGUCAUAUACUGUCGUCUUCAAAUCGUUUCUCCUAAACGUUAUACUAUAUUUUUGCUCUUUCCGAUUUUUUCCCGUUGCCGACAUAACGACAUCUCGAUUUCGUUUCGUAACUUCAAUAAUAAAUAUUGUACUCUACUCGCCGGAGAAACGACGGUAAUAAUAAACAAUAUUAUUAUCUUUGCUGGGGACGUGCGUGCGCGCGCCGCCGACCACUCGAUCGCGGAGCCCUACGCCGAGGGUGGCGAAGCAGGAAGCACGGACGAGAGAGAAGAGAGCGCGAGCGUUACGACUACAACGUCAUCCGCGCUGGGAGCUGCGCUGUAGCCGCGCGCCCCGUGCUGCCGACGACGGCCAAAAAGACGACGCUCGGCGAUUGAUCGCCACACGUACGCCGCAAUAAUACCAUGUAUUGAAUUAUCAAUUACAAUAACGCAGUUGGUGUUGAAGAUGGUUACUGUAAGGGCACCGUCCUUUUUGGUUCGGCGUGUAUGUGCCUUCAUAUUUUUAGGAAUCAUGGGCUAUUCAAUUUUUCAAAUGACCCGCAGCAAUUCAUAUUACGAUAUGUCAGAUCGAAGCAUUAUGCGAAAACAAAUCGAACUUGAUAUUAUUAAAUCAUCAAACAAUGAAGUUCCUGUUAAAAAUUCAAAAACCGAAAACUAUACAGCAUGCCCGCUUCCUAAUUUGGAUCCAUUCAACCCAGUUAUGAUGAAAUUUUUCAAAAAAGAGGCGCCUUUGGUUUGCGACGAAGAAGAGGAUUGGGUUACAGUCAAAGGGAACAUCGCGCGUAUCACCGAUAAAGCGCUCAAGAAAUACGGCGAUAUACAGUGCAAAUUUAUGGACGUUUUGAGAGCCAACGACUUCUCUUCAUCACUGGGUGUCGUGACCACUACUCAUACAGAGUACAAUUUGGAGACAUCGGAUUUUUUCAGAGUUUACUGUGAAUCGGAAAAUGGCAAAUUUAGUUGGGAAAGUCGUAUGGCUGGUAUACGAUUUGACGAAGAUGUGAUAAAUAGAGCUGGAUGGGAUCAAGUGCCUAAAGACGGGUUAGGUCUUAACGUUUUAAUGUUUGGAAUGGACUCUUUGUCACACAUGAUGGUACAGAGAGGACUGCCCAAGGUGUAUGCUAAACUCAAGUCUAUGAACGCACGUGUGUUAAAAGGCUAUAACAUUGUCGGUGACGGGACUCCGCAAGCGUUGAUACCGAUUUUGACAGGACGCACUGAACUGGAACUUCCGGACACUAGGAAACGAAUGGGGAACAAAGCAACAUACGUAAACGUCUAUCCGUUCAUAUGGAAUGAGUUUAAAAAACACGGUUAUGUCACUGGUUAUGCUGAAGACGUUCCAGAUGUUGGCAUUUUUACGUAUAGACUAAAAGGAUUCGACCAACAGCCGACCGAUCAUUAUAUGCGAUCAUAUUACGUAGACGCCGCUCCAAUGUUCCAACAUCAAAAACCUUUUUGUUAUGGUUCUCUACCCAGGCACAAGAUAAUGCUCAACUAUAUCAAAGACAUGUUUCGGGUUUACGAAGACAAACCAAAAUUCAUGUUUGCAUUUCACGGUGAAUUGUCUCAUGAUUAUACUAGCAAAGUAUCAGUCGCGGAAAAUGAUCUGGUCGAGUGGUUGGAAUGGUUUGAGAAGUCUGGUUAUUUGAACAAUACUAUGCUGGUGUUUAUGAGUGAUCACGGUCAAAGGUUUACGGCCAUAAGGGACACGCAACAGGGAAAACUCGAAGAACGGAUGCCAUUUUUCUCGUUCAUACUACCGAAGUGGUUUGACCGAAAGUAUCCAAAAAUGGCGUCAAAUUUUAACGACAACACUAACCGUCUAACGACUCCAUUUGAUAUAUACUCAACACUAAUGAGUGUCCUGCAUCGGGAUGGGCUUAAAACUGACGAUGUAAACAAGCGUUCUAUAUCGCUGUUCAACGAGAUACCGUUGGAUAGAACGUGCAGAGACGCUUAUAUUGAACCUCACUGGUGUGCUUGUCUAAAAUGGCAGCCAAUAAGCGUGGAUGCUCCGUUGGCCGUUGAUGCAGUCGCAAACUUUGUACAGUUUCUUAACAGGUUAAACGCUAAGUACACUGACCUUUGUGCGCCGAUAGAGAUCGAUCGGAUCGAAUGGGCUAACAAGAUGGCGCCCAACGAAGGGCUAUUGAAAUUCCACCAUGCCGCUGAUCCCGAUGGGUUUGUGCCCGACAUGUCGGGUAAGACGAAAAUCACUGAUAUCUAUCUGCAAAUCAAAGUGAUCACGCGACAACCUGCCAAGGCUGUGUUCGAAUUUUCGUGUCAGUAUAACAACAAUACCAAGCGGUAUACGAUUAACGAAAAAGCCAUCAGCAGAAUUAAUGAGUACGGAAACCAAAGUUGGUGUGUCGCGAAAACUCAACCACAACUCAAUAAGUACUGUUAUUGCAAAAAACAAAAUUGAUAAAGUCUUGAGAUCUGCAUAGAAAUGUGAUUUGGAUACCAAUAUUUUCAAAGUCAACUGUUCAAAUUCAGCUUUAUGUCAUUCGGAAUUAUUGUUGAUUUUUCGAAUUUGAUUACGUUCAUUGUCAUACAAAUCUCAACCAAUAUUUUGUAUUACCUACCUUUAACUAUACCUAUAUUAUUAGUUUAAUGACGACGACUUACUUUUAACGUGUACUUUAAGUCGUCUAUUUAAGUUUUUUAAAAGCCAUAAUAAUUUUUAAAAUUUAUCUAAGAAUUAUUAUAUGAGUAUAAUUCCAUAGUAUUAUUUAAAAUCAGUAUUUUUUAGUUUUGAAUAUAAGUUCGUAAUUCAAUUUUUAAAGGCGAUUCAUUCACUAAUAAAUAUUUUAAGGUAAAUGAAAUUCUGGCGUCGCUGAUUCAAUGAUAUAAUUGGAAAUAUUAUGUAUUCUCACUACAUCCAUAAUACUGAAUCGAAAAUAAGAACUAAUAAGAGAAAAAACGAUAUGACGAUAUACUUAUAGGAUAAUUUAUGUCCAAAUCUGAUCGAAAAGUAAUCUUUUUAACGCAAAGCUUCAAAUUUACAAAAAUUUAAUAAUUAAUAACAUAAUAUUUCCUUUUAUUCAAAAUCAUUUUACUUUAUUAUCCAAAAACCGUAAUUUAAUACAAUAUUAAUCAUUUUAGUAUAAAUCAUUUCCUUAUACGGGUAAAUUUCCUUCUCUAGUAAAAUUUUUUCUUUAACCUAGCAUUCGGGCUAUACAUUUUAACGAGUUCUUGUUUAUUAAUUUUAUGUUAUCGCCAGAAUUUAUUUAUACAAAAAGACUGUCACCCCAAAGGGGUCGCUGAAUUGAUAUCGCCGUUAGACUUGAUUACAAUAUUUGUUUUAUUUUAAUGUGACAAAAUUCUAUAUUGUUACCCUAAGGCCUAAAUAUUGCUAAGUGAAUUUACUUUGUCUAGUCAGAUUAAUUUAUCGAGUUUUAAGCUACGUAUAGACUUAUAUUUUUCUGGUCAAUUUUAAGACGAUUUAUUUUAAAUAUGUAACAUUCGCUAUUUAAAAAUUAUGUUUUAUACUUAAAAAUGUUAACUUAUAAAUUAUAAUAUUCAUAAAUUGUAUUUUUGAUUUUAAAUUAUCUAUAUGACGUAUAAUAUAAUUUAAUGUGAAAACUAUGUUUUCUAAAUGAUUGUUAUAAAUUGUGAUGUUUUAGUGAAUAUUUAGUGUUCAUGACCCAUCUACAAAUGCUUUGUUAUUUUGAAAUUGUUAGUAUUUGUAAUAUAUUUUUUUUUUACGGAGUUCAACAUUUGAAA